AUGUCCGACGAGGGUGCCACGAAUGUCACAAUGAAAGCCUCUAAUAGUAAUGCCCAGAGAAACUUCAACUACGUUCUUGCGGAUGACCCUAAAACGCAUGCAAGCGUAUGGUGGGGCACAAGAUUACUGAAUGCUUACUUGAAUGGAGUGUUGACUAUUGCCUCUCAAGCAAGAUUACCAGAUGACUCUGUAGCUGUGGCUCGCGGUGGCAUGAGAUAUAUGCCCAAACCUUCAAAUCAUGAUAUACGGUCCGAUGGCUUCUUCUUUGCCAGAUGGGUCUGGAAUAUGGAAGAUGGCUUAAACAAAAACAAUGAUCGCCGCAUAUAUGAUCCAGGGUACAACAUGAAGGACUCCUAUUGGUCACCUGCCCUUACGGAGGGGCUUCACGUCGCCAAACUUCUACACUCAUUGUUCGCACAAGAUUUGGGCAGCUGCUCGUCCCCAAAUUUGCUUCUUGACGAAGACAGCCUCAAAUUCGCAAUCCUCUCUCCAAACAAUAUGAACCGGAAACCUGGCGGUCUACUUAACAGUACUGGUCCCGACAGUCUAGACGGAUUUUUCUUCAACCAAAUCCCGACGCCCGGUCGUACACUCGGUGACCCUGGAGAGGGCUUGACGAGCCUCAAAAAUAGUUUCGAAAAGUUCAAGCCGUUAAUGGGUUCUCUUUCCUGCAAAGAGACCACUCUUGUUGCUGAAUAUCUCUGCUCAGUCCCCGAAAAGAAGAGCAUUGGGGUCUUACUCUGCUCCUUAGUGCUGGCAAAUCUUGUGUUCCUCCAAGCGGCUUGGAAGCUUCUUCAGUGGACGGCCGGAAGUUUGGUGACAAAAGGAGACUCCUCGGCAAUGAUCUGCGAAGGUUGCGUAUAUUUACGGUCGUUGGAGAAUUUAGAACAAAAGGUGGGUGAAGACGCAGUGGAUGAUGAGACCGGCGAACUCGGGAACGGAUGCAGAAGGUCAGCAGAUGCCUAG